CGCGUCCACCGGAUUGGUUGUAUAAUCUGUCGUCUCAAGUAGCCGUUGCUGUCUCUCGAAAAGUCAUUUGUAUGUAGCGGCUACAGCCUCAGCUACAUCAUGGAAAUGAAGCAGCUUAUGGGCUUUCUUCUUUCACUGAUGUUCAUUUUAUAUCGGAUGUCAGACGUUCUGGCGUACAGCGCGCAAAACUUUAAGGCUGCGAAGGUUUCCCUACUGGAUUCAGUGCAUUCUGACAUCCACAAGAACAAAAAGAUGUGAAGUUUGGCAGAAAACAGCCAUCGGGGGACACAGGGCAAGACCCUUUAAGCGACCAAUGGCCUUCCAAAUGUCCAAGAGUAGACUACGCUCUUUACGGUUAUAACAGUCUGAAGGGAUCACCACUGUCAUCAGGUGCUGGUCCCGGAUUUACUCUUCCAAUAUUCAAUGCUGAAUACAAAUCAGGCUCAGAAACCUCCGGCUGUCGUUACACAAUGCCCCGUGGAGUAGUUCUUGCACCUGACAUAUCAUGUGUAGCCUCCUUCAGGUCAGAGGUCAUUCAGACACCGUACGACUUGACCAGGUUCAUGGGUCGAACAGCAAGACUUGAUGAUGGCGGUUGGGGACCUCCAUUUGUUGCCAGCCUUUCCUUUCAGGAAACCGUUGCUGAGCUUAGACAGAAAGUCUUUAUCAUGUCAACAGCAUCCUGCAGCGCAUAUCGUGUUUCACUUCUGCAAUUGGAACCGCCGACUUUUCAUUCAAUGUUCCUUGAGUGGAUUCUCAAACUGAAUAACACAAAUGAUGAGAACACCUACCUGGAGUUCCUUGACACAUACGGCACACACUUUGUGUCGCAAACACGUCUUGGAGCCUCGCUAACAAUGGUGCACAAAAUGGAAAACAACAUUUACAUGCAGCAUGAAGAAGAUGAAUUUACGGCUGCUGCAAGCUAUUCCUCUAUUGCACUCCUAGGACAUACCGAGACCUUGACCUCCGACCAAAAGAAAAAAGUAGACGAGUUUCUAAGUAAGGUAGAAACAAUACCGAUUGCUGUCGGAGUCUCUCCCCCUUCUGGAGCUAAUAGCAUGUCUUGGCUCACAGCAGUUAAGGCUGACCCUAUUGCCAUCAACUAUGACCUAACUUCAAUUGAUGUCCUGUUUUCAGAAAGGUUCAUGGGUGGAUCGAGUCCUUUACAAAGCUUUUCAAUUGACUACUUGAAGGUAAGAAAUCAAAUCAUAAGUAUCAAGGAAAGAUACUGUCGAUUUUUAAAGCAAAGAGGUGAACUAUCUGACUGUGAGGAUCCAACUCCUGGGUUUAGUCUGCGUAGUACGAGGUUAGUAGGUGAUGCCGAGCUAAAAGCUGCUGUGUCUACUGAAAGAUGCAUGGAAGAAUGCUAUAAACGUCCAAGAUGUGUUGCCGUCAGCUUUUGUCAUUAUUGUCAGAGCAACGAGAGUGGACCAAAAUUUUGUCAGCUAUACGAAGAGAAUAACAUACACAGCGUUGCAAAUGACUCCCAAUGGGAAACUACCAUCUUUCUAAACAGAAUACAGACACUGUUGAAUUUGAAGAAUAUGACGGCUGUUACUGACCUUACAACUGAUAGUCGCAUGGUAUCUACGAGGUACGGUUGUUAUACCUCUUGUCUCGCUCAAGACUUGUGUCUUGCCUUCACACUCUACAACAGCAAUGGGACAACACUCAAGUGUACAUGCCACAAAGGGUCACUUCUGUCCUUGAGCAAGGAACCGAGUGCAGACCUGUAUUUCAUUUCUCCACGCGCAAAGAGCAUUUUGAGAGAUGAGAGAAACACAUCCCUUGCACCAUCCUUAUUUUUAAACGACUGGUUCAUGGCAGACUGCACCAGCGAUAACGACUGUCCUCAGAAGAACGUCUUGUGCUUUAAAGACAGAUGCCUUUGUCUCCCAGGUUUCUUUUUUUCAACACGUGAUAACACUUGUAUUGCAACAUGCAACACAGCCGACCUACAGAACACCUUCAUGGAGUAUCCGGAGAGCGGAAUAAGGGGACAUAACAUCGUUGUACUGGAUGGACUGACUAUAGAAACGUGCAAAAAACUUUGUAUCACGACUAACAGCUGUCUAACAGUUGAUUUUAGAGCCAAAGGAGGGCGCUGCCUGCUGCAUGACGUCACAUCACUAACAGCCCAGGUAGCCUGGUAUCCUCACACUAGUAGAGGCUGGACCCACGCCCAAAGAACCUGCAUGGACUCUUCAGAGUCGUAUCCUGGACCACUUUGGUACAACUCACCGUGUGGCAGCAACGUAGACUGUCCUGACCCCAACAGUUGGUGUCUGUCGGGAAGAUGUGCAUGCGCGGCUGGCUUUUCUUUGGACAUAAAUGACAUGUCAUGUGGUUUAGAGUCGUGCAGUGACUGGCAGAAGGCAGGUGUAAAGUCCGGUGUAUACAGUGUUAUUACGGCGAGCAUAUCGACGAAAGUUUGGUGUGACAUGGACCACGGUGGGGGCUGGCUGGUUUUCCAAAGGCGUCGUGACGGUUCGGUAGACUUUUACCGGAAAUGGACGGAGUAUGAACAAGGCUUUGGUGACGUCACCGGAGAGUAUUGGCUUGGUUUAUACAGGAUUUACAAACUUACACAAGGCAGACCUCAUCGACUCCGUGUUGACCUGGUGGAGGUGAAUGGAGAACGUCACUAUGCUGAGUACUCGUCAUUCAGUGUGGGCGGUCCUGAUACAAAAUACAGACUCCAGAUUUCUGGUUAUUCAGGGAAUGCAAGUGACAGCCUAAAACUACAUAACAACCAAGGUUUCACCACACACGACCAAGACAAUGACAAUAGCACUACCACUAACUGCGCCGUAAGAUGCCACGGCGCCUGGUGGUACAGAUCGUGUCACGACUCCAACCUCAACGGACGUUACAAGUCUGACGGGGCCGUUGGUAGUGACAGCAUUGCAUGGUAUAGAGCCCAUAAUGAUACCAGAGGCUUCACUUUCUCGGAGAUGAAAUUUAAGGCAGAGUGACAUUGCAGUCCACUACCUUUAACCUCAGGGUACGUCACUGGAUGCUUCAUGUUGAUGCUGUGUUCACAUAACACUAACAUGACCUAUGUAGCUCUUAGUUUUCUCCCAGGAUAUCAACAUGUUGUUCUCGAUGAUUAAAACAACGCUGUUUUCACUUUCUAUGGGUCUUGUGGAAAUUCCGAUGUGUGUAUCUGUUUGUAAAAACCAAUUCUAUACACUAAGUACAAAUUGAAUACCUGCGGAUAUAUCAUUAUUUUCUUUCUAGUUCAUAGACAGGACAGAAAUGUUCAGGAUGUAAACACGAUUAGUGCUGAAGGUGGUUGACAGGGGGCGUUACCGCUGAACUUAUAGCGAUGGCCUUUCUUUUACUGUUUUACUUUGUCCAAAAGUAUUUUUCUUAUUAUAAGGAUUUAUUUUUCACAGACUUUCACGUUUAGUCAUUAACGGACAUAUUGCAGUAGAUUAUAAUAGAAUUAUAAAAGGUAAGAUAUUGUAAAACGCUCAACUUAAGAAAUUAAAAACGAUUUUACAUAAUGAGUGAUGUUGAGACAAAACUAGUCUCGCAAUAAUUUCAAACUAAGUGUCAAUUUUAAAAUAAAGAUCAGACAGCUGUGUUGUUCAGCGAUCUGAGAGAUAACUAUCAACACAUAAUAUCUAUCCUGAUAUUAGAGUAUCGAAAGCAAAGCCUGGAGAAAGAAAAGUAUGAACACUUACUCCCCCAGCGGUCACAAUGAGAACACGUGGGUGUACCCUGAUACUUCAAUGUUCGCUGUGAAACAUGGUGUGAUAAAACCACCUAACCACGUUUGAAUAGUACUUUAAACUUGUAAGGGAAUCAAUUUGUAGUAUUUUUUAAUAAUUCAUCAUGUGAUAUGUGUGACUAGAUGUGUAUGGUUAAAAAUAUUCUGCUCUCACCCAGCAUGUGGUGACUGUUUUACUGCUUUUAAAAUAAUUAUUCCAUAUGCUUAACAAAAUUUUCAUUUGCCUUCACCUAUGAUUUAAGACAACCAUAAGUAUGUUUCUCUGCUUCUUAGACCGAUUAAAGAACAUAAA